CCCUUUCAGUCCAUUGGUUUAAGAGCUGCACAGACGCUGUAUUGUUGUCUUGUGUUUGUGAGGAAUAAACUGCCAUUUCCUAGGAUCUGUCUCAACAGAUAUACCAUCAUGAGAGCAUUUUACACCCUUUGUCUUGUGGUUACUCUGUUUUACCUUGUAUCAUCUUGUGAAUUGCAAACACAUUAUUGGGAGGAUGGCAAAUGCUGCAAGAUGUGUGGACCAGGUAAGAGGAUGUUGAGAAGUGUUAACUGUGAGGACCCAAUCUGUCCGUUCUGUGAUGAAGGAGAGUAUCAGAGCGGAUACACAAGUGAGACCAGAUGCAAGCUCCAGCCCAGCUGUGACACCAAUUUAAAUUUUCUGCCACAAACAAAACCCAUUCCCAAGGACAGACUCAGUAAAUGCCAAUGCAAACCUGGAUACUACUGUACAGAAGACGACGACUGCAGCACUUGUAGGAAACACAAAAUCUGCAAGGCAGGAGAGAAAAUCCUCAAAAAUGGUACAUCAGUUAGUAAUACUGUAUGUGAAGCUUGUAAAAGUGGAACAUUUAGCAUCAGUGAUUCAUCCAACAUCUGCAAGGAAUGGACAACAUGUGAGCCUGGGUAUGACGAAAAAACUCAAGGCAGUUUAAGGUCAGACAGGAUCUGUGAGAAGGGUACUCCCUCUGACAGAGGUGCCAUUGUGGGCGGAGUUAUAGGCAUUCUGUUGCUGCUUCUUGCAGGCGUUGGCGUUGUGAUUUUCAUUAAAAAGCGGCCAUUUGAAUGGAAAAAGUGUGUGCUAUGUUUUCAGAUCCCGAAAGAGGCUGUAAGGGGCACAAGGUUAAAUCUAAACCGAGAGAAUCAACCCAUUAUAGAUCCUGCAUUCAUUCAACAGCCACAGGAAGAUGUGGAAGACACCUCCCCUGUCAGUCCCACAAGUAACAUUACAGAAAAUGGAAAUUUUGUGACACAAGAGGAAGGCAAACACUCGAUCUGUCCGAGUACAGAAACGCAACGAUUUUCAGAGAGCUCGAGCCUCUAAAAUCUGCUCCUAGCAUGUGACAAUCAUCAAUGUAAAGAGCAUUACAUAUAAACCACUGCUUUACUCGAAACAUCCUCAAAGCGUAGUACAAACCUGCAUGUCACAAUAUGCACUAAUGUUGUCAUCGCUUCGUUUUUAAUUAUUAAGGUUAACGCUGUGUUUCUGUAGCUUAACUGGGCAUGUCACGUCACCUAAAACACCAAGGUUGUGAUUUCAAAACCAAGAACCACACUUUGAAUGUAUAUCUUGAAUGCCCUGCGAGUUGUUUUGUAUAAAUGAGCAUAAAUGUAAGAUGCGAGUGACACUAGUUGAAUCAAGUUGUAAUAGAGAUGGCCAGAGGUUUUAGCCAUUGAAACUAAUAUACACAAAAACAAGAAGAAAUUCUACAUGAGCAUUUAUGAAAGUGGCUGCGCACAUGACAAUGAUAACAUCAGUUAUCAGCCAGACGGGGAUGGCGACAACAUCAAUGUGAUGAAACAAACCACACAAAACAAUUCCACGUGAAUCCCCAAGCUUUUGUUUUUACGUAGUACAUGGUAUUUUGUAGUUAGGAUGGCACACUUGAAAUUGCAACUGUUUCAAAUGUUGGUUUGUGUUUGUUUGUAACCAUUUGUUUGUUGUACAAUAGAUAUCUAAUUUGUUGUCUGCUGUUAUAACUGUUCGAUAUAAGUUUUGUAAAUAUUUUUGCGUGUAUUUUUAUCAUUGUGAUUUAUUUGUUAAAAGACCACACUUGCGUUGUUUUUUGGUCAGAAUUCGCAGGGGAAACGAUAUUUCUUAUUAAAUUCAUGACGAGGUGUAUGAAAACCUUUGAGCAUGUUUUUUUGUGACUAACUAUUGAGAUACUCUGACUGUCCACAUGAGGUUGCUGUUUCCAUAUUGGAGAUGUAUUAUCAUAAUAAAUGCCCAGCUGGAGCCAGAUUAUGGCAUUCACCUGCUGAAUACAUCAAA